AUGUAUGAUGAUAUAGGUAGUAUGCAUGAAAGUAGUGGUAAUUUGCAUGAUCAUGGUGAGGAUAGUGUUGAUGGAGAUGACCCUAUUAUUAUUCCCUACUUGAAUCAACAAUUUCCUAAUUUACAAGCCGGGGAGAAUUUGUUUAGGGCGUAUGCUUUAAAGAAUGGUUUUGAAACUAAGAUACAAAACACACAGAAGCGUGCCAAAGAUAAAUCCAUAUAUGGUCGAAUGUAUGUUUGUAAUUUAGCGGGAGAAAAUCGUGGGAAAAACCCCGUUGAUGACGAUGAAAUUUUGAUUGGUAGUCUUGGUAGUGUUAAGGGCAAACGGCGUAGAGAUGUGCUUCCUAGGAGUGGUUGCAAAGUUAGAAUGAAGGACAACAUGGGAGUUAAUGAUGCUCAAGCCGGUUUGGAUUUGUUGUACCGUUUGCAAGAAGAGAACGGCGGUAAGUUUUUCAUCAAGACUCUCCUCGAUGACGAACAAAGAUUGAAGUGUCUUGUAUGGGUCGAUCCCCGCUCUUUGAUGGCCUACAAAAACUUUGGUGAUGUGGUUGCGUUUGACACUACAUAUCGAACUAAUAGGUAUGCUAUGCCGUUUGUGCCUUUCACCGGAGUCAACCAUCACUAUCAAUCAAUACUUUUUGGUUUUGCACUCGUUCGGGAUGAAUUGAAGACAACUUUUGAGUGGGUUUUGAGUACUUGGCUAGAAGCAAUGGAAGGCAAAGAACCCUUGGCUAUCAUAACCGAUCAAGAUCAAGCCAUGACCGCGGCUAUUGAAUCACAACUUCCGAACACAUCACAUUUGUUAUGCUCAUGGCACAUUAGCAACAAAUUCCCCGAGAAACUUGCAACAUAUUAUUCCAAGGAAGGGUUUAAAUUUGAUUUCAACAAUUGCAUAUAUCACUCUUUGACUGAAGUUGUGUUUGAAGAUCGGUGGAAGGCUUUGGUUUUGAAGUACAAUUUGGAAGGCAAUACAUGGCUUCAAGGGUUAUAUGCUUUGAAGCAUAAGUGGGUCGAGGCUUACAGAAGAAACACUUUUUCUGCGGGUCAAAAGACCACAUCAAGAAGUGAAGGAAUGAAUGCCUUUUUCGAUGCCUAUGUUGGUUCUUGCACCGGUUUGAAAGAUUUUGUAGAGGGUGCACAAAAAGCUUUGGAGAGGCAAUUCAUGCGUGAGAAAGACGAGAAUUAUGUGACGUUUCAUAGAAGUCGCUGCAUGCAAAUGAAAACCGCUCUGGAGCACCACGCAGCUUCCAUUUAUACGAAAGAAAUGUUUCGAAGAUUUCAGGAACAAUUGGUUGAAUCAUCUAAGUACUUUGUGGAGAAAGAUAGAGAUCGGUCCUUGGAAGAUGUUCAAGACACGUUCUACAAAUGUUAUAGACCGUUGAUGCGUGCUUCUCAGAGAACCACGUAUCUUGUAUCAUUCAACAAGGCGUCAUUAUAG